AAGAAGACGUUCCGGCUCAAUCUGUUCUACCCCCCACGUGUUCUUCCCAUGGCGCGCUGUUGUGGCCGCUGCUGUUGCUGCGGAGUGAAGUGCGGCUGUUGUCUUGGGGGCUGUUGCUUUGGUGUCCUUCUGUCCUUCAUGUUGCUGGCGCUGAUCCUCUCCUUGGCCGUGUCCCUUCCGGUCCUCGAGUGGAUCUCCAAGCACAAGGUGACCCUGGGGAAGGUGAGCAGCUGCGUGAACCAGACCGUUGCGGAGGUCAACCGGACCUUGUCCAAAGAGUUGACGUCAGAGUGCUGGGGUCUUCUUUGUGACAAGUGCGAUGAUGAGCACAUGGAGGAGGAGCUGAAGUCAAAGUGUGAACGCUGCCUUUGUGAAGCAGAGUACGUGAUGGUCUCGAUGAAGCCUUCUCUGGAUACUGAGUUGCUCCAUUGCUGUGAGCCCUUUGCAGAAGACAAGAGUGUGGACUACUUGCUGUCUCCAUGUCAGGACAUGGUGACGAAUUUGACCGCAGAGCUGAAAAAAGAGACUGAGCAGUGUGAAUCGAAGCACCUGAUCUCAUCUGAGGGGCAGCCGAUCUCGCUGAAUGUGUACAAGAACCUUCCAAACUUCACAGAGCUUUCAAGGCAAUCUUGGAUGCCUUACCUCCAAGCUGGCUUGGCUGGCCUGGUGUUCGUGGUCGCCUUCUCCCUCAUAGGUCUGGUCUUUGUUUUGAGGGGUAUGAGGGCCUCUCAAGGUCAUGAGCUCGAAGAGCAUCUCAUCUAAAGGUCGUCCUGAGUCGUUCCGUGUUCCAGUGGUUGGCGCUGACCACUUCGCGCGAAAAGGGCAGAAUCUGAUUCCACACUCUGUGGCGCUUGGGCUGAUCCCACCCCAAAGUGGCAGGGUUUGGAGUUUAGUUAAGUUGAUUCGCCACGAAAAAAGAGACUGUGGA